UUUCAUGAAUAGCUCCAAUCUAACUACUCCACAAGCGGAAGAGGCGUGUCCUUUUGAAGUUUGAACACAAGUGUACUACAGGAACGCAAAAAUCGUGUCAUUUCCACGGUAAGGAGUUAUAACUAAAGGCUAUAUAGUCAUCUCUCUCAGACAGUCAGACUCAAUCUCAGUCUCAAACUCUCAAAAAGACCACAGAGCCCACCAACCAAACUAUCAGAAAUUGCGCCUUUUGUUUUGUGUUACUGUUUACACUUUACACACACCUACACGGCUCCACCGUAACAUUACAGUGCAACAGCAGUGUCCGCCACAUGGCGGCCACUCGACCCAACAUUCCUUCCCAAAACCCCAACUCUCACGCACUCAAACCCCUCAAACCCAUUUCCAUUUCUCAAUCCCUUCUCAAAUUCCCGAGUCUCGAAUCCUCGAACAAGAUCAGGAGGCAGUGUAUCAAUUCGAGGUGCGAGAUCACGAGCUUCGAGUUCGACAAGCCCAAGAAUUGGUCCGAUCCAGUUCGAAUUAUCCAACCCUUUUCUCCUAUUUCCAACUCAAUGCCUGCUGCUUCUGCUUCUUCCAUGAAUUCGCCUACCAAGAAUGUGAAGAGGGUCUGCCUUUUUUACUGCGAUGACACCAAGGCUCUGGCCGAGAGAGUCGCCGCUGAGUCCGAUGCAAUUGAGCUCCGUUCCAUCAACUGGAGGACAUUUGAUGAUGGAUUCCCCAACUUGUUCAUACCUAAUGCACAAGGCAUUCGUGGACAGCAUGUAGCGUUUCUUGCCUCAUUUAGUUCCCCUGGAGUAAUAUUUGAGCAGCUGUCUGUGAUAUAUGCGUUGCCGAAACUAUUCAUCUCCUCAUUCACACUAGUACUUCCGUUUUUCCCCACGGGCACUUCUGAGCGUAUGGAGGAUGAAGGAGAUGUUGCAACAGCUUUUACUCUUGCUAGGAUUUUGUCAAACAUACCAAUUUCGAGGGGAGGGCCUACUAGCCUAGUGACCUUCGAUAUCCAUGCUUUGCAGGAGAGGUUCUACUUUGGUGAUAAUAUUUUACCAUGCUUUGAUAGUGGGAUACCUUUGCUUAAAAAUAGGCUCCAACAGCUCCCUGAUUCUGACAAUAUAUCUGUUGCCUUUCCGGAUGAUGGUGCAUGGAAACGAUUUCAUACACAACUGCAGCAUUUCCCAACGAUUGUUUGUGCAAAAGUUCGGGAAGGAGACAAGCGAAUAGUUCGAAUCAAGGAGGGAGAUCCUGCAGGACGGCAUGUUGUGAUUGUUGAUGAUUUGGUCCAAUCAGGUGGCACUCUUAUUGAAUGCCAGAGAGUAUUGGCUGCCCAUGGAGCAACAAAAAUCAGUGCUUAUGUGACACAUGGAAUAUUCCCUAAUAGGUCGUGGGAACGCUUUGAAUACGAUAAUGGAGGUAAUCCUGAUAAUGGGCUGACCUACUUUUGGAUAACAGACUCAUGUCCAAUAACAGUUAGGGCAGUGAAGAACAAGCCACCAUUUGAAGUUCUUAGCCUCGCUGGUUCCAUAGCUGCUACCCUUCAAAUAUAAGCGAGUCUUGGAAGCAUUAGUCACUGGCAAAAUAAUGGUCUUGCGGGAAAAGUUAGUGCGUCAUUGUCACUGUCAAAAUCAAGUUAUUGUAUUGGUGCUUGGGGGGGGGGGGGGGGGGGGGGAUGUUAUUUUGCGUUUGUGGUUUGAUGCCCUACAUUUGCCUCAAUAUGAUUGCAAUCAACAGGCACCCUAUAAAGAAGGGUAAUACAAGAACCACCAUAAUUCCAAUACAAUGGCAAUCUUUUUGGAUGGACCAA